AUGGUUGUGGCCAGUUUCAGCUCUCACAAGGAUAUGUCGCACUUAACUAAAGCUUUGGCUGCUGGUAUGGUCGAUAUGGAGAAGCUCCCAUCACAGGAGCAAGGUGGAGAAAGCCUUCUUGGUGCAGACAAAGGUUUCUCAAUUGAAAUUGUACUUUUUCUCCUUCCCUACACAGGACACAAUCUGGGGGUCAACAACAGCUACAAAAGAGUAAACAAACACAAGCCAUGGAUUGAGACAUCCUACCAUGGUACAAUAACAGAAAACAAUGACACAGUAUUUCUGGAUCCACCCCUGGUUGCACUGGACAAGGAUGCACCUGUGCACUAUGCAGGUGAGAUUUGUGCUUUUAAAAUCCACGGGCAGGAUGUGCCUUUUGAAGCUGUGGUGUUAAACAGAACAUCUGGGGAAGGUCUGAUACGUGCAAAGAGUCAAAUUGAUUGUGAACUUCAGAAAGAGUACACAUUCAUCAUUCAGGCAUAUGACUGUGGAGCCAGACCUAGUGGAACUUACUGGAAAAAAUCACACAAGGCAGUAGUGCACAUUCAAGUGAAUGACGUCAAUGAAUACACACCAACAUUUAAAGAGACAAUAUACAAAGGUGUGAUCACAGAAGGGAAACUGUAUGACAACAUAUUGCAGGUGGAAGCUGUGGAUGAGGAUUGCUCUCCACAAUAUAGCCAGAUUUGCAAUUAUGAAAUUGUCACACCUGAUGUGCCAUAUGCUAUUGACAGGAAUGGCAACAUUAGGAAUACUGAGAAGUUGAGCUAUGAUGAACAGCACCAAUACAAGUUUAUGGUUACAGCAUAUGAUUGUGGUCAGAAAAAAGCGGCAGAAAAUGUGUUAGUUCACAUUGAAAUUAAGCCAGUUUGUAAGCCAGGUUGGCAAGGUUGGGAUAAACGCAAAGAAUACGAGUCUGGUUCUGGCAGUAAAGUAUUGUUUCCCAACAUCCAUCUGGAGACCUGUGGUGAACCUGUUUCUUCUGUGCAGACCAGAAUAGAUCUUCAGACUAGCCACAUUGGAAAGGGUUGUGAUCGUGAUACUUACUCUGAGAAAUCUUUACAAAAAUUGUGUGGUGCCUCUUCAGAGAGUGUGAAUUUGCUCCCAGCACCCUAUGGUUUAUCCAACUGGACCUCUAGUCUCCUGCUGGACAGUGGGCAUGACAGUGAUUUGAUCUUCAGGUUUGAUGGCAAGCAUGCUGCAAAAAUUCCAGAUGGGGUGAUACCCAAAAAUCUCUCGGAUCAAUUCACCAUCACCAUGUGGAUGAAGCAUGGACCCAGCCCAGGGCUGAGAGCAGAAAAGGAAACCAUUCUCUGCAAUUCCGAUAAAACAGAAAUGAAUCGACACCAUUAUGCACUUUAUGUUCACAACUGUCGGCUAGUGUUUCUGCUGCGUAGAGAUUUUGAUCAAGUUGACACUUUUCGUCCAGCUGAGUUCCAUUGGAAACUAGAGCAGAUCUGCGACAAGGAAUGGCAUUAUUAUGUCAUUAAUGUUGAGUUUCCUGUGGUGACAUUGUACGUGGAUGGAGUGACUUACGACCCAUACCUAGUGACAGAUGAUUGGCCAAUCCACCCAUCACAUAUUGACAUGCAGCUCACUGUUGGAGCCUGUUGGCAAGGUGGGGAAAUUGUAAAGCCUCGAUUUGCCCAGUUUUUCCAUGGUAGUCUUGCUGGAUUAUCUAUACGUCCAGGCAAGAUUGAAAGUCGGAAAGUUAUCUCCUGCUUGCAGACUUGUAAGGAGGGCUUAGAUAUUAAUUCCUUGGAGAGUCUUGGCAAAGAAAUCAAGUUUCACUUCAAUCCUGCCCAGUCAGUCCUGGUUAUUGAAGGAGAUGACAUCGACACUGUAAAUCAAGCCAUGCAGUUGGUUGCAUACAUUAACUCAAGGCAGUUCCCAACUCCUGGUAUUCGACGUUACACCAUUUCCACCACAGUCCAGUGUUUCGGUGAGGACACUUGCAUCAGUAUCUCGGACAUCUCUGCAUACAUUGUGGUCCUUCAGCCUGUUGAACCAAAGAUUACAAUUAGUGGGUUGGACCAUUUCUCCAGACCGGCAUCUGAGUUUGAAAACAACAGAGGCGUGAUACUCUUUCCAGGCCUCAGGAUCAUCAGCACAAUCCGAAGAGGGCAACACGAAGAUGGCAAAGCCCGUCAUAUUGGUGGGCCAGAAGAGAUUGUUCACAAUCUAGAUUACUGUGAUAUUUUGAUCGUUGGAGAUGAACUAAAUUCUGAAGAAGAAUGUCUGGAACUGGAGCCAAUUGAGCUGCAUGGGAAACAUCUUGAGUUUACAAAUUCUACGUCUGGAAUGUCCAUUUAUGGGGUGGACACCAUGGCAAAUUACGAACAUGUUCUGCGUAAACUCCGUUACCGUAACUGGGAAACUGCAUCCAUUUUUGGUCGAAAGUUUAGGCUGACAUGCUCAGAGCUCAAUGGACGCUACACAAGCAAUGACUUCAAUUUAGAGGUGAAUGUUCUGCACAACAUUAAUCUUAUGGACCAUGUUAAUCAUGUGAUGGCUCAGCCCCAAUUCCUCCAGUCAAUCCAUCAUCCGCUGCCUGAUCUUCCAGGUCACAACCUUAAUGCUGCUCAUAGUUCAGUUAUUCCCAGUGCUGCCACAAUUGUCAUUGUUGUGUGCAUUAGUUUCUUGGUCUUCAUAAUUGUUCUGGGGGUCUUCAGGAUCCGGGCAGCUCAUCAGCGCACUAAUCGGGAAAGCGAGAGCGGGAAAGAAAAUGAAAUGGAUUGGGAUGACUCUGCUCUGACCAUUACUGUCAACCCAAUGGAGAACUAUGAAGACCAACAGCACAGUGAACAAGAGAGUGAGGAAGAGGAAGGAGAGGAGGAUGACAUCACGAGUGCUGAUUCGGAGGAAAGUGAGGAAGAGGAGGAAGCUGAACAUGAAGAAGAUCAGCAGAAUGUCACCAGGCGGGAACAGCUUGAGUGGGAUGAUUCAACACUUCCUUAUUAAGAAACCUCUAAUCUUUCAAGUCCUCAAACAAAAUUUUGAUGUCCAGCAAUAUUUGGU